UUGGUCACUUUCUCUUUCGUUCGAAGGGAAGCAAAGUUUUCCGAGCGUUCUAGAACGCUGGGAGACCCCCCGCCGCCGCCGCCGCGCGCUUUUAAGUCCACCCCCCGCCCCCCCGGGCGCGCGUGGGAAAGCGCCUUUUCUCCCCGCACCCACCGCCGAAGGGCAUCCCAGGGGGUCGCCCAUGGAGCUGGAGGAGGAGAUGCAGCCGGACAGCCUGGAAGGUUGGGUGGCCAUCAAGGAGAACCUUUUCGGCCAGCCCGAGCCGGCCCACAAGCUGCGCUUCUUGGUGGCUUGGAACGCCGUGGAGAGCAAGUUCGCGGUGACUUGUCACAACCGGACUUUGCAAGAACGAGCCGGCGGGGAGAAGGAGGGAAAGGAGGAGGAGGAGGAGGAGGAGGAGGAAGAAGACGAAGAAGAAGAAGAAGGGGAGGUCGGCGAUGAGCAGCGGCUGAGCUGGGCCGGCUUGUACUCCCCGCAGGCCUUGGCGGGCGUCCAUCGGCAGCUGGCGGCUUUGAACCAGCAGCUGGAGCCCUGCUUCCCCGCGCUGCCCCCUGCGCUGAGCGGUCCCAGCGGGUUCUGGGCGCUGCUGUUCCCCAGCUGCCCGGUGUUGGGGGAGACGGAGCUGGAGACCCUGUGCCGGCGCUUGGAAGCCUACUUCGGCUGGGCCUUGGAAGUCUGCGGACGGAAGACGCUCCUGGAUGCGCUCUUCGCCCACGACCAGGAGGAGGAAGAGGAGUAUUUCGAAAACUUGCAGGAGUUCCGGAGGAAAAGUCUCAAGGGGCGGCUGACGGCGGCCAAGGAGACCUUGAGAGGGGUUCUCCAUAAGCACAAAGAUGCUGAUAAGAUGGUAGAUUUAAUGGAGCUGUACAAGGAGGAAGAUGAAGCUUAUUGGGAGCUGGUGACCAUGGCAACCGAAUUCUAUCAAUAUUUAUUGUUACCGUUCCGAGACAUGAGAGAACUGGCCACGUUAUAUAGACUUGAGAUUCUGAAAUCCUUGCAGGCCAACCGGCUGGGCCCCAAGAGGAUAGAAGCUUUGCAGAAAGAGGCCAAGGAGUGGACAGACCAGGCUGAGGAAGCCGUGUGCUCCAUUCGAAACAUCACAGUUGGCUACUUCAAAGAAACCGUGACUGCGCUCGCAGCGAUGCACAAACAGAUGGAGCAAGAUCAAAAGCGAUUUGGCCAAGCUGCCUGGGCCUCUGCUUCUCCAAGAUUAGAAAACUUAAAAUAUCUGCUAGCAAAAGAAACCCUUCAGCACAUGAGAGCCAGAGAACUGGGCCUGAAGCACAAAACAGUUGAUAUCAGAAAGCAGAUGGAGAUGCUCAGCGAGCAGAAAAAUGACGUGGCUCAAGUGGAAAAACUGGAACUAGAAUAUUACGAAACCCAGUUGGAGCUGUAUGAGGUACAGUUUGAAAUACUGAAGAAUGAAGAAAUGUUGCUGGUUACGCAGCUGGGGACGUUGAAGAGACAAAUCAAAGAGAUCCAGGAUGAAGUAAUUUACUAUGACACCUGUGAAAACUCUGAGGAGUUAGAAGCCAUGGAUCGGGCCCUGGAGUCAAGCAGUGCCUCUUCUUCUGAAGUGGCACAGCUCAGGCAGAAGACCCAGCAGCUGGAGACCAAACGAGGGAUUAUUUGCUCCAGGAGAGCUUAUCUCAGGAACAAGAAGGACCAAUGUGAAGAGAGCCGGCGUUUGAGGCUCCAGCAGGCCCAGGAGACCACACGCUACUUCCAACAGCAUCACAACAUCCAGAUUAAAAGAGAGAAGAGAAAAGAAGAUGAGAAAAAGAAAAAAGCCUGGAUAAAGGAAGAGCGUCAGAAAACUCUGGAGAGGCUUAAAUCAUUCAAGGAGAAAUGCCCUGCGCAGUUGGUGCUGAAGACCUCCCGCUCUCAGCCCGUCAACUCCAAGCAGGCUGGACCACGACGACCUCCAGCGGUUCCGCCACAAGCUGGUCCACCAAGAAAAGGUCCAGCUGCCAAGCAAUCCAGGAAUGUCCAUCCAACACAAGUCAGGACUUCCAAAGCAGCAUCUCGGAAGCCUCCCAGAGAUGUUCCCGUCCAGAUUUUUGUAUCCCCGCAGGGGCCAGAACCUCCCAAGGAAGGUGUGGGGGCACCGCUACCUGUGCCCCCACCUCCACCUCCUCUUCCACCACCCCCACCUCCACCCCCACCCCCAAGCAUCCAGACUGUUUGCCUAAAAAGCCCAGGAGCCCAAGAAAAACCACGGCCUCUUGUGUGUGAAGGCUCAGCUAAAGGAUGUACUUCGUUGGAGAAAGCAGAUGCUGCAUCCAGAGGCCCAACCAAGAAUUAUACAGGAACCAUGGAUGAGGUCUUGGCUUCCCUCAAGCGCGGUGAAGUCCUCCUUCGCAAAGUAGACCUGACCCAACAGCAAAGUAGACCUGACCUCAAUGACAGCAUUCUCGCCGCCAUUAGGCAGGGGGUGAAACUACGGAAGGUCAACCUAGAGCCCAAGGAAGGCGUUGCGAAAGGUUCGGGCAGUGAACUGGAGCAGAGCAUCAAGGCAGCCAUGCAGAGGAUUAAGAAGGUCUCCGCUGACUCCGACGACGAUGAAAACGGAGACUGCAGCGGUGAAGAGUGGAACAGUUAACCGAGCCGUUGGCCGGUCCAGAGCUCCUCAGAAGCUCCCGAGGGAUUCUUCGGUGAGAAGACAGCUAACCGUAAAGGAGUGCCAAAAACCCGGAAGAGCGGUCUGGAGCCCAGCAAGCUGGCGAACGUCCCGCAUGAAUCGGGCAUCCCAGAAUUCUUAGCAACACUCUGGAGUUUUGGAGGCAGCUGAAAGAAGUGUGGGAAAUGCUCCUUGAUCAAUGUCAGAAGUUUCCAAGCAGACAAGUAAAUGUAGGACGAGUCCUUUACUGACACCGAGUUUUAUGCUUUGAAGUUUGCACAUUUUCUUUCCUUCUCUCUUUUUUUUUUUUUGCAAGGGAAUCAGCGAUCCUUUGGACACUGGGCUGCGAGGGGUUUGCAACUGGGCCGUGGAAACGGCCAGUCGUGUGUCCUCAUUUGCACAAGCAGUGGGUGAGCACCCACGCGUGUGCUCCAUUUGUAUGAACGGCAGGCACGCGUGCAUGCCGCUCACCAAAUGCAACUGUGUGCAUACACACAUGCUUGCACGAACCAUGCCUUCCCUUCUCCCCCCCACCUCCAGUCCACAAUGCCGAACCAUUGGGGAACUGUGCCGUAGGGGAUUAGGGAUCGUGACAAUUUAAUUUAAAAACCCCUCUUGAUUUCACCCCAAAUGUACACUCCUGUAUGGAAACAACAUGCUUUUGAGUAAGCCUGUUCCAAAACCAUUAUUAAAAUUGUCCCAGGGGAGUGAAUUACUCCACAGAAAUUGCUCCUCAGUUGCAUGGGACAGAGAUAAAUUAUCUCCACAGGACACAUUUGGAAAAUAAAAAAAAACCUUUUUGAGUAUUCUUAGACCAGUGAAAGGUGAGUACUUUGAAUACCCUUUUCUAUGAAACUAUGGUCCUGGUUACACCAAGUAUUUGCUGAAGGGUUUUAGUUUAAAUAGAAAUGGCUUCAUUCAACACAGCCAAGACAGGGAGAUCUGAGUUGGUAGUCAUAUACGUGGGAAGGAUUGGGUGCCCUUGUCAACCACAGGAAAAUAUGACCCAGCAGUAUGAUCAUUAUUAAUUUUAACGACCCCAUAAUCCCUUGAUGGGUGGAGUCUAGGCAACUGAAUGGAGCUAGCAGAGUGUUUACUGGCCGGAUGCCCUUCCUGUCACCAAUGCAGAGUUUUGUUCAGCAGGUAUAUUCUCAGUAUGCCCAGAAAGAGAAAUAUCUGCCUCUACCUAAGAUCUACAUCCGUAAAAAGAAAAAUACUGAUUUGUUUCAGCACAAAGUUCAGAUCAUGAAAAAGAAUAGAUCAGAGGAGAGCUAUCGAGAGGAUGAGUUCUCGGAGCCUCUUGGGCUGCUGAGAGGAAGGCAUCCUGAGCUGGGUGAUGCACCUGGAUGUUACCAUGCCAGGAACCCCUGCUGGAAGUGUCUACACAUUAAACGUGACCCCCUCAAUGAAGGAAAAGGGUCUUAUUUGCAUCAGGCUUAUUGCAUUUGCCAGAUUCCAUUUUCAUUACCUUCACCGCCAUCUCACUGACUAGGAAUAUUGGCUGAGAUAAGAAAUAAUGUUAUUAUUUAAUGUUUGCUUUGUCUGCCAUGGCCAGAGUCUUAAAUGAGCCAUGUCCAAAAUGAACUUCAACUUCAGUCCAUGUCAGAAGAGAUGGUAGACCUCAUCUCUUUUACCAUGUGUCACAUUUCUGUAUAUUUCUUAUGGCCCCACCAGUGUGCCAAACAUGAAAUCUCUUUUAUUUGGUUAAGUAUAUUCUUGGUCUGUGUCAGGAUGUUCCUAACAUGAUUGAGUCAAGACUUUUCUUCAGGAUCUGUUGUUUUCCAUGUGUUUGCAAUGCCAGUGUUAAGUUGUACCAGAAGGCUUAAAACGGAUUUUUAAUCUUUUUAAAAUUAGCAGUACAGUAUUUCUAAUGCAUCCCAAAAGGCAAUGAUGGUAAAACUAAUCAACAGAAUGUUAUAACACAGGUCUAUUUGUAUCCAUCAAGUAUUCUAAUCUAUAAGAGGGACUAUGAAUCUCUAGACCUUGAGAUGGUUUUCAACUGUAGCUCUCAUAAUCUCUUUUGCUAAAAAUGUGGAGACAGCAAUAACAGGGGAAAAAUUCUCUUUGACCACUUUCUAAAACAGACAUGGGAUUUAAAGUUAAUUUUAAAGGAUUUGUCUUGUAAUAAAUAUUUAGCUUUCCAAUUUAACUUGGAUAGAAAAUCCUUUCAGAUCUUUACAAAUGUAAACUUUUUCCCUGUUCAUAAUGUGAAGGAUAAUGUAUUUGUUU